ACAAAUAACCAUUCGGUAUUCGGUGUUCGAUAAAGACACUUCCUUUAUGCUUUUUCCAGUCCAAGGACUUUACUUCCCCUAUAAAACUUUUUACUUUUGAAGAGACAAGUUUGUAUGCUAUUUGACACCUUCGAAGACGAUUUUAGUUUUUUCGACGAAAACAUUUAUUUUAUAACAGAAAUCAUGUCACAGAAAACUAUUUUGUGUUGUGUGAUGGGUCUAAUUUGCUUCACAUCGGCAGCUUUGCCCCCUUACAUAAAAGUGUGCAAAUCAACAGACGCUGAUCUGGCUAACUGCAUUAUAAAUUCAGUCAAUCUUCUAAGACCGAAGUUGAAAGAAGGUAUACCAGAGCUGAAUGUGCCACCAAUGGAACCCCUCCUAUUGGAUGUUGUUAAACUUCGGAGUGGCCCAAACUCUGCAAAAAUUGACGCGAACAUAACAAAUAUUAAAGUGUGGGGACCUACUUCUUUUGAAAUUUUGGAAUUGAAGCCAAAUCCAUCUAAAGCUAAGUUUGCAUUUAAAGUACGAAUACCUUCGUUGCAUUUUGAAGGUGAUUACGAUAUAGAUAUGAAAAUCUUAGUUUUGGCAUAUAAAGGAGUUGGACCAAUCGUUGGAAACUUCACUAAUUACUACUUCGACUGCAUAUUAAAAGGGAAUAAAAUCAAGAAAGAUGGUGAAGACUACCUGAAAUUUGAUAAAAUGCGAUUGAGAUUGCGAAUAGGAGAAUCAAAAAUAACGCUGGGAAAUUUGUUUCGAGAUGAUCCAGUUAUUGGCAAAGCUACAAAUGAAGUUAUUAACGACAACACAGACUUGUUUAUUAAUGAAAUUAAACCUCUUUUAGAAAAUUCGUUAGCUGAAAAAUUUACAGAUAUUGCUAAUAAAAUUACUUUACAGUUUACUUACAAGGAAUUAUUUCCUUGAAUUUUGGUGUGAAGAUAAUUAUGAAAUUAUUGUGACAAAAUUAGUAUGUAGUAUUUGUAUUAUUUGUAAAAUAUUUUAGUCAUUUAAAGUAGUUGUUAGCAGCUACAAUAAAUACC